GAGGAAGAAGCCACGACAGACACCCGGCAGGAAUCUUUAAAAGCUGAAGCAGAGGAUGGCAGGACCACACCCCAUGAGGCCAGCGGGCAUGGAGAGACUGGGGUGGUGGAGCUGCCUCGACAUGGCGCUGAUGUGCAGGCGAGAGACAAAAACGAUGACGAGACCGCUCUCCUUGAGGCCAGCAGGCGCGGGGACACUGGGGAAGUGGAGCUGCUAAUUCAACAUGGCACUGAUGUGCAGGCGAGGGACAACAAUCUGGCUUCUGAGGCUUCCUACCACGAACUGAUGAAACAGACUGGCGGGGUGAAAGUCGACAGGUUUAAACUGUGCCUCUGUGGACCACAGGAAGCUGGCAAAUCUACUCUGGUGGAAAGUCUGCAAACGGGACCUUUCAUCGCCUUCUUUCGAGAUCGGAUUACUCCAGGCGAUCAGCCACACGAGCCCACCCCAGGUGUGAAUGUGAGAACAACCAACAUCCCCGGUGUGGGGCAGGUCAGUGUGUGGGACUUCGCUGGACAGUCGGAGUACUUGGUAACCCACAGCAUGUUCAUGGAUGCAGAGAACACCAUCUUCAUUGUGCUGUACAACAUCAUGGACGAUAUCCACACACAGAAGAAAAAGGUCCACUGGUGGCUGUGUUUCAUCAAGUCCUGCAACACAAAGAGCAAGCCUUACGUCAUCCUAGUGGCCAGUCACGCGGACCAGACUGAUACAGGAGGACGUCAGCGAGCAUCUUUCAUCCUUGAGCUGAUGACGUCAACGUUCAAGGAUCACCUGAACAUUUCAGAUGAAGUGUUUCUCCUCGACUGCAGGAAGACACGUAAAACUGACAUGAGGCGUCUUAAAGACCUUCUGGCAAGACUGAAGACUACGCUUCUGGAACAUCAGCGGGACAUUCCCAAGCUGUGUGCUGAGAUCCUUAAACGACUCCCGAAAUGGGCCAAGGAGAAGUGCAGCCCGAAGUGUCCUGUCUUGCAAUGGGCUGAGUACAAGGAGGCAGCGAAGGAGAUCGACCGUUUUGUCGAUGAAGAUCUCCUGAAGACGUCUUCGCAGUACUUGGCUCAUCUCGGAGAGAUCUUGUUCGUCCCUCUGCAAAAUGCUGACCCCAUCAUUGUCCUGAAGCCAAAUUGGCUCUACACGAAUGUCUUCGGCAAAGUGAUGGCUCCAGAAAAUUUCCCCAUCCAACAUCUGAGAACCGUCAACGACAUCGUCAUGAAAGAGGAAAUCCAGAGAGUGUUCCAAGAUGUCGCCGAUGUGGAUCUCCUGAUCACCCUUCUGCAAGAGUUCCAGCUCUGCCACUCCUUUGACGGACAGGAGUUCAUCAUCCCCGGCCUGCUGACAAAGACCAUGCCUCCAGACAAGUGGCAGCCGACUGCGAACCCUACCAAGACCGUCUACUUUGGCAAGCAAGUCCAGUGUGCGGACACCACCGACAUGUUCUCCUCCGCGUUCUUCCCCCGUGUGCAGACCCGCCUGAUGAGGGAACUGAAGAACCGCCCGCUGCUGUGGAGAGACGGAGCCAAGUGUUUUGACAUCAACGUGGAAAGUCUUAUCAAGCUCUCCCCAGACGGCCGUGCGGUCAACAUCUGCGUGCGAAGCGAGCAGGGCGACAAGCCGAGCUGCCGGCAGAUGCUCGAGACAAUGGAGAACAUCCUCAUCAAUGCGCUCGACGACGUCAGCCCAGGAACCACUGCCGAAGAGUGGGUGCUCAGCGCUCGUGCUCUGAGGGAACACAGAGAAGAAUUCUAUUCUUACAGCAUGGAUCAGAUCAACAAGGCAUUUUCAGAGGACGGCAUCGUCUAUCACGAAAUCCUCGGCUUCAUAGAAGAUGUCGAUGAUCUCCUGUAUGGCGGAAGAGACGACGAUGAAGAGAAGCAAGGAGCUGUUGGAUACACAGUCCAACAGACAUUCCAAACGCAACGGGUAAACCAGAUAAACGUACGCGGUACUGGUAACGUUGUCAUCACUCCAGGUGACACAGACGGCUUGUGUGUUACGACGGAGACCCGUACGCGUUAUAGCAGCGAUACAGAUACAGAUACAGAUACAGAAAUGCCAGUAGUAAAUGUAAUCCCCGAACUAGAAAUGUAACAUUUGCAAGCAAAUUCAAUAUGUUUGCCUCAUGAUGUUCUGGCCUACCAUUUAUGCCUUUAUUGGGAAAGGAUGGGUAGAAGGAAAUUUUGCUUAUAUUGCUGACUUUUUUAUGUACUGUAUUGUGGGAGCCCCCUCUCCACCCGGGUGGUGUGUUCCAAAGCGGCGCGGCCAUUCACCCAUGUUGUCGAAGUCCUAUUUCGAACGUGGUUCCAAAAUUCGAAACUGGUUCUAAAGUUUGAUUUGGUGUUUAGAAUGCAAUUUUUUUCACUCAUUUUUUCCCAAUCGUUUGUAUGUACACAUAUAUACAUGUAUAUAUACAAUGUAAUAUUACAUUACUCACAGUACAGUGAGACUUACAUCUACACUUACAUCUAAUUUGGAUUGCGGAUUGACUGUACAUAUCUGAAGCAUUCAACAACAUGGCUUGUGUUAAAAUAUAAUAUAGCUGGAGCAAUUAAAGAAGACUCAUUUGUAUGUACGCAUAUGAUACAAUGUACAGUAAUAGUAACAUUACUACCAGCACAGUGAG